GACUCACCUCAGCCACCUCAAAGCAUUCUGGGAAGACCAGAGUGGCAAGGUCGUGCAAAACAGCACAGCUGUAAUGGCAGACCUGUUGAAACUCCAGCAGGUGGUUGGCGGUAAGGAGGCAGGGCUCCAUAGGCUGCAGGGGGAGGUGCUUGAGCUGGAGGCGUGUCUGUCAUCGUCACGGCAGCAAGUGAGGAGCCUCCAAGAGCUGAGUGACAGCCAGCAGGCGGAGCUCGGUCUGGCUCAGGAGGCCCACGCACACGUGCAGCGAAUGAAGGAGGAAGUGAGAAGUCUGAAUUUGAAUCUUCAGAAGAGCCGGUCAGACUGUAAACACGUAGAGGGACAAUUACAGACGAGGUGGCGAGAGAUGGAGGAGCUGCGCAGCGGACAGAUCCAGUGUGAGCGCCAGCACAGCGCAGCGCUGCAGAGGCUGUCCCAAGACCUGAGGGAGAAGGAGGCAAGCUGGUUGUCAUGCCAACAGAGAUGUGACGCGCUGCAGGAGCAGCUGUUGGCGUGGCAACGGAGACAGGAGGAACUGACCCGCAGGCUACGACGGGCGGAGGGCGAGAGCGCGACCCGGGGAGAAGCCCUGCAGCAAGCUGCCGACCGCACGGCUGCCAUGGAAACGCAGAGACAGGAGAUGAGCGAGGCCAGUAGUCGUGAGGUGCGGAGGCUGGAGGAGAGCUUCAGGAGCAGGCUGCAGGAGGUGGAGCAGGAGAGGACUCAGAUCCAGGCUGCUCUGGAACAGCAGUGUGCCCAGGUGGGCCUGCAGCUGAAGGAGAGGGAGGUGGAGGUGAGGAGAGAGGCAGCCAUGGACCUGGACAUCGAGAGACACAAGAACCAGGAGCUCCUCCGCAAGUACCAGCAGGAGAAGCAGCAGCUGCAGCUCAAGCUGCCUUCCCUGGUGCAGUCAGCGACACAGGAGCUGCAGAGGGAGGUGGUGGCUCUGGAGGAGCGCUUAGAGGAGGCGCGUGCGCGGCUGGCUCAGCAGGAGCAUCGGAGGGAGGAGGAGGCGCAGUGUCUCCGGGAGGAGGCCCACGUUCUGGAGAGGCAGCUAGCGCAGGAGAGGUGCACCAGACAGGACGCACUGCAGCUCGCGCAGCAGAGCCACCAGCAGAGGGCGCUGCAGCUAGCCGAGGCCCUCCGAGAGCUGGAGCAGCUCAGGAGCCACAGCGCCGCCCUGCAGGAGGAGACGGAGCUGUUGCAGGAGACGGUGCGGCGUGAGUGUGAGGAGAGGGAGGGGCUAACGGCGGCUCUCACCGAGGCCAAGGAGCAGCUCCUGCAGCUCAGGCAUUCCACGCCGCCGGACCCCUCGUCCUCGGGCCCCCACGUCCCCCAGAGGCCCUCCCCUCCCCGCCUGACCCCCACCUUCCCCUCCCCCGGGGGGCGGCGGGCGGGCAGCAGGGAGAGACGCGGCGCGGCGUCCUGGCAUGGGCCGUCCCAGUCCACGCCCACUCUGCCCAGGCUGACCGGCGAGAGACCCUCCAGCUCUGCCAGCCAAGCCCACCGGCGCAUCGCCCUGCUCAUGAACAAAAACGACCGAGUCUAACACACACACACACACACACACACACACACGGACACACACACACACGGACAGACACAUACACACACAGUCAGACACACACACACACACCUGGGCUGUUCAUACAGCUGGAAAAGAGAGGAUGACAGGCUAUCAAUAAUCAUCUAACUGACAUAGAUUUUGACAUGUACUUGCACACUCUCAUUCUCUCGCUCUCUCCCUGUCACGCACACACACACGCACACACACACACACACACACACACACACUGAGACACGCACACACGGAGACUCAGAGGCAGGAAAGAGCGAGCGUGACAACUCAUCUCUAGCCACCCACAGAUGUAAACACCCCUCUCCCAAGGCAUGCUCUCUCUCAUUCACACACACACUCACAGACUCACACACACACACACACACUGGCUCCCACAACACACAUUCACACGAACACAAGGUCUUUUUUACUCAGACGCACACGCUCUCCCCCACAAAGUCACACAAACACGCGGCCUUUUCACAAGGUCCUCUCUCAUGCACACACACGCACGCACACACACGCACGCACACGCAUGCACGCACACAAACACAGUCAUUCACAAGGUCUGUCUCACGCACUCUCUCUCCCACUCCUCUCUCCUGUGUCUCCGGACUUGUUUUUUUUUGCUUUUGGUGCGUGAUUGACAUUACUCAUUCCCUGCAAGGUCUUUCCAUUCUCCUCCCUCCCCGCCUCUCCCUCCCUUUCUCUCUGCCUCUCCCUCCCUCCCUCCUUCCCUCUCCCUCUCUCUCUUUUGAUGAAUAGACUCGAGGAAAGCUUGGAAUCUGUAUGGUAUGGAAUAUUCGGAUUGCUUGGCAGAAGCAACACAUGGAACGUUUUUUGGGUGUUUCUCUCCUCCUCUCUUUUAGGGGGCAAGACCCAGCCUCUUGAAGGAGGGCAGCUCCUCCUCUGUCCUCUUUCUCACACACACACACACACACACACACACACACACACACACACACACACCACCAAUUUCAGCCCCAGAUACACAGCCAGAGCCCAGUGCAGACGUGACCAGCCACACGUUUUUUUUAUAUAUUUUAAAUAUAAAUUAUUUUUACCUAGACACUUUUAUAUGCGGGCAUGUAAAUACUCAUGUAUUACCAUAUGCUACCAUGUGCUCA